CUUGCCACUUGCACAAUCUACUAGCAAAGGUUAUGCAGUGCCUGAACAUGAUCAUGGCAGAAUCACCAGGCCUCGUCACCAUUUGCCUUUUAGGAUAUCUACUCAUUGCUGAAUGUGCAGUUUUUCUUGAUCGUGAAAAUGCCAACAAAAUUCUGAGUCGGCCAAAGAGGUAUAAUUCAGGUAAAUUGGAAGAAUUUGUCCGAGGGAACCUUGAAAGAGAAUGUAUAGAAGAAAAGUGUAGUUUUGAAGAAGCACGAGAAGUUUUUGAAAACACUGAAAGAACGACUGAAUUUUGGAAACAGUACGUUGAUGGAGAUCAGUGUGAGUCCAAUCCGUGUUUAAAUGGUGGCAGUUGCAAGGAUGACAUUAAUUCCUAUGAAUGUUGGUGUCGACUUGGAUUUGAAGGGAAGAACUGUGAAUUAGAUGCAUCAUGCAGCAUUAAGAAUGGCAGAUGCAAGCAGUUUUGUAAAAAGAGUGCAGAUAACAAGGUGGUUUGCUCCUGUACUGAGGGAUACCGACUUGCAGAAAACAAAAAGUCCUGUGAACCAGCAGUGCCAUUUCCAUGUGGAAGAGUUUCUGUUUCACACACUUCGAAGUUCACCCGUGCCGAGACUAUUUUUUCCAAUAUGGAUUAUGAAAAUUCCACUGAAGUUGAAACAAUUUUGGAUAAUGUCACUGAAAGCACUCACUCACCUCAAGACAUCACUCGGGUUGUUGGUGGAGAAAACGCCAAACCAGGUCAAUUCCCUUGGCAGGUCAUUUUGAAUGGUAAAAUUGAUGCAUUCUGUGGAGGUUCCAUUGUUAAUGAAAAAUGGGUCGUAACUGCUGCCCACUGUAUUGUACCUCCUGUUAACAUUACAGUUGUUGCAGGUGAACAUGACAUUGAGAAGACAGAACCUACAGAGCAAAAGCGAAAAGUGAUUCGAGUUAUUCUUCACCACAGCUACAAUGCAACUGUUAAUAAGUACAGCCAUGACAUUGCCCUUUUGGAACUGGAUAAACCCUUAACCCUAAACAGCUAUGUAACACCUAUUUGUAUUGCAGACAGGGAAUACACAAACAUCUUCCUCAAAUUUGGAUCUGGCUAUGUGAGUGGCUGGGGAAGAGUCUUCCACAGAGGGAGAUCAGCUUCAAUUCUUCAAUACCUUAGAGUUCCAUUUGUUGACCGAGCCACGUGCCUUCGGUCCACAAAGGUCACCAUCCAUAAUAACAUGUUCUGUGCUGGCUACCAUGAGGGAGGUAGAGAUUCAUGUCAAGGAGACAGUGGGGGACCCCACAUUACGGAAGUGGAAGGGACCAAUUUCUUAACUGGAAUUAUUAGCUGGGGUGAAGAGUGUGCAAUGAAAGGCAAAUAUGGAAUAUAUACCAAGGUAUCUCGGUAUACCAACUGGAUUAAGGAAAAAACAAAGCUCCCUUAAAGAAGAAUGUAUUUCCAAGGUUGAUUCAUUGGGAUUGACAAUGGACAGGGCCUUUUACUAACUAAUCACUUUCCCAUCUCUUGCUAGAUUUGAAUAUAUGCAUUCUAUAAAUAGUGCCUUUUCUCUUUACAGCAGAGAAUUUCACCUAGAAUUCAUGUUUUACUAGAGUAAAUAGAUUAGAAAAUGGAAUCACUAGAGAAAUAUAAUAUAAUAGGAAAUAAUGACCAUUCCUAUGGGCCCAACCCUUGACAAAAUUGUGAAGUUAAGUUCUCCACUUUGCCCAUCAGGUACUCUGGUUCUCCACAGUGGCAACUCACCUGAUUCUCCUCUUUCGAAGCAUUCCAUGUUCUGGAUCUUCCUUGCCUCUCCCACCAAAAUAUCAAUAGUUACUAGUUCUGUAUACAAAAUCUUUAGUCCGUCACAAGGCCAGCACCACUUUCAUAAAGGAAGAACACAGGAGCAGCUAACAGGUUAAAACUCAUCAAAAGCACCACUUCUUUUCCUGUACCUUUAUUCCUGAGUCCUUUAUCUUUUCCAACUCCCAAUUCCCAAAUCAGUUUUUCUCUUUCUCAACCGCUUUCUCCCCUUUUCCCUCCACAGUUAUUAAAGGGGGGAAAGGGAGCAUCAUGUUUUACUCUUGUACACAGUUAUACAUGUCUAUCAAACCCAGACUUACUUUCAGUUUGAUCUCAGACUUGCUUUUCAGAACAUGGGGAUGAAGUCCAGUGCCUGAAGAAUUCGGCGGGAAGUUCCUUUCAGAGAGUUAAGUUAGUGAGUUAUAUAUGUGUGUUAGGAAGACAUUUCACAUUUCAUAAAAUGUAAUAUAUGUGUUUCAAUUAAGAAAUCUGACAUUGAUCCAGGUAUAUUGUCCUGUCUGAAAAAAAUAAUGCUAACAGAAAGAAGAAGACAGUCAAGUUUGCAACCUAGAACUAGUAGAAUCUUCAAAGAGGAGUUCAACAGUGUGUUUCUAGCAUUUUCCAGGGCCAACCAAAAAGUUGCCUAGACCAGAGGCCAUGAGCAUCAUGUCUCCUUGACCAGCAUACUUCUGCAGUGGAGAAGGGUGCAGUCAACUCAAGGACAUGAAUCAUUCUGAUCAGCCAACUUAAAUCUCUGUUUUCUGGUUUCAUGCUCAAUGAGGAACUUUUUGAUUAUAAUCAAUCCUUCUAUCUUGAAUUUUCUAGAUGGUUGCUGACCAACCAACAUAUGUCUCCCUUCUUGAAUUAAUAAACUAGUGUCCUGGU